AUAAUCAUUUCAGUGGUUCCUCUGGAUUGUUUCUUCUUCUUCCCGUAUUUCUUUCCUGUGUUGUUUCUCUGUGUUCGUUAAUUGGAGAGUGAGAGAGAAAGAUGAGGGAGAUAAUAAGCAUACACAUCGGACAGGCAGGGAUCCAAGUUGGGAAUGCGUGCUGGGAGCUCUACUGCCUUGAACAUGGCAUUCAGCCCGAUGGUAUGAUGCCCAGUGACACCUCUGUCGGCGCUGCAACCGAUUCUUUUAACACCUUCUUCAGCGAAACUGGUUCUGGAAAUCAUGUGCCCAGAGCCAUAUUUGUUGAUCUUGAACCGACGGUUAUUGAUGAAGUCAGGACUGGGACUUACAGACAACUUUUUCAUCCCGAGCAACUUAUUUCUGGCAAAGAAGAUGCUGCAAACAAUUUUGCCCGAGGACACUACACAGUGGGGAAGGACAUUGUGGACCUAUGCCUUGACAGGGUAAGAAAAUUAGCCGAUAAUUGCACUGGCCUGCAAGGGUUUUUGGUAUUUAAUGCUGUUGGUGGUGGCACUGGUUCUGGUUUGGGUUCCUUACUUCUCGAACGAUUGUCUGUUGAUUAUGGAAAGAAGUCAAAGCUCGGUUUCACGAUUUAUCCUUCUCCUCAGGUCUCCACUGCUGUGGUAGAACCUUAUAAUAGCGUGCUUUCCACGCAUUCUCUCCUUGAACAUACAGACGUGGCUGUGCUUCUGGACAAUGAAGCCAUUUAUGAUAUCUGUAGGAGAUCUUUAGACAUUGAAAGGCCAACGUACACCAACUUGAAUCGUUUAAUAUCCCAAACGAUAUCUUCUUUGACAACUUCGUUGAGGUUUGACGGUGCCAUUAAUGUGGACAUUACGGAGUUUCAAACUAAUCUGGUUCCAUAUCCUCGUAUCCACUUUAUGCUCUCAUCUUAUGCCCCUGUAAUCUCCGCUGCAAAGGCCUACCAUGAGCAACUGUCAGUUCCUGAGAUCACAAGUUCUGUAUUUGAGCCCUCAAGUAUGAUGGCCAAGUGUGAUCCUAGGCAUGGGAAGUACAUGGCAUGCUGCUUGAUGUACCGUGGUGAUGUUGUACCGAAGGAUGUAAAUGCUGCUGUAGCUACCAUUAAGACAAAGAGGACAGUUCAGUUUGUGGACUGGUGCCCAACUGGUUUCAAAUGUGGUAUUAACUACCAGCCCCCGACAGUUGUACCAGGUGGUGAUCUUGCCAAGGUGCAACGUGCAGUUUGUAUGAUAAGCAACAACACUGCAGUAGCUGAGGUCUUCUCCCGAAUUGACCAUAAAUUUGACCUUAUGUAUUCCAAGCGGGCAUUUGUGCAUUGGUAUGUAGGUGAAGGGAUGGAGGAAGGUGAAUUCUCAGAAGCCCGUGAGGAUCUUGCUGCUCUUGAAAAAGACUACGAGGAAGUUGGGGCAGAAGGCGCUGAUGAUGAAGAGGAAGGGGAAGAUUACUGAACCAUAAUACUUUGGGAUUCACUUCGGAAGCAAUCUGUCUAUCCUGCUAGACCUCUCCAUUAUUUUGUUUCUUAUCUAGCUGUGCAUUUUUCUUUAUCCUUUUUUCUUUCGAAAGACAUGCACAUUGUGUUUUGGUUCUGCCCUUGUGAUGGUUUUGGAAGUACGUUUGCCGUGUAUAAGUAAUCAACUUUUCAUUACUUGGAAUGAACUAAUGUUGUCUUUGAAACAAUUGA